AUGUACCACUUGACUCCACUCCAAAAAGGGGAAGAUAUCGUGGAAGACCUAAUCUACCUUCUUUUCAGUUGCUCCGAGAUAAAAAUAUACGUCUUUGCGACGCUUGCAAAAGCCACCAAUGCCUCGUGGCAGGCUCCCUGGAUAGCUCACCCCGACUUUCCAGACGCACAUAGGAGUCUGACUGCAGAUAACACUGGCAGCGAUAUUUGCAUUGAGUUUGCCUUGUCUCAAUUGCAGCAAUGUAGAGACACACAUCCCAAGUGUCGGAACAUGGCUCUGAACAAAAAGGAGGUGAGCGAAUUCCUGCCUACAAGACUAAUAGAUGUCGGCUCCACUGGAGCUGCAACGGUUCGUCUCUUGGAAACUAACAGCUGUGCCACGAACAUACCAUACAUCGCGUUGUCGCAUUGUUGGGGCAAUUCUCAGCCUCUCCGAUUGACGCGAGCAACCGCAGCGUGUCUAACAGCAGGUAUUCCCUUGGUCGUUCUACCCAAGACCUUCCAAGACGCCGUUCAUGUGGUUAAAAAGAUGCAAAUUCGACAUCUUUGGAUUGAUUCGCUAUGCAUUGUCCAAGACGACCCACAAGACUGGCAAACAGAGGCUUCUCGCAUGCACAAUGUCUAUAGUCGAGCGGCUUGCUGCAUUGCAGCCACGGCCGCUAAGAACAGUCAUUCUGGUCUCUUCUUUCAUCGAGAUCCGCAGGGUUUGUUACCAGUACGAGUCAAGACCGCCCGCGCUUGCAUUUGGGGGAAGAAGACAGACAAGCCCUUGUCAACUUACAGCAUAAGCUGCAAGGUGGUCCUCCCUGACAUAGCCAUCGAUGCUGCACAUUUGAACCACCGAGCCUGGGUUGCGCAGGAACGUUACCUGAGUACCGGAACCAUCCACUUCACGCAGGAGUUACUUUUCUGGGAGUGCUACGAACGUAUAACAAGUGAACAAGAUCCCACAGGUGGUUCUAUUUCAGAAACGUCAAACCUUUUCGAACAAUUUACUGUUCAAACGUUGAAAACGCGGGUGUGCGAAUACAAAAGCCUACAAGUCAAUCCGUCUUCAGAUCCAACUGAUCUCGAGCAGCUCGACGCCUCCUCUAGGAUUUAUAGGGAGUGGUGCGCUUUCAGGACCGCCUAUUCAGGCUGUGCUUUGACGAAAGAGUCAGACAUACUCGUUGCGCUGAAUGGUGUUGCAAGAGAUGUUGCUGAAACAACGAAUGACACUUUGGUCGCUGGCUUAUGGCGAGGCAGGCUAGUUCAAGACAUGGCGUGGAGGCGAUCCAUCGAAGAGGGCGUUCGUGAGGCCGAUACACCCUCAAUACUUUCUACGUGGCGCGCGCCCACUUGGAGCUGGGCGAGCAUAAAUCGUGCAGUAGUGGGCCACCAAUUGUGGUGGGAAGACGACUUGUCUUUUACUCGAGACAUGGCCGUUGUAGAGAACAUAUCUGUAGACCGAAAACGUUCCGGAGAACUCAUCAACGCUUCCAUUGCACUGAGAUGUCGCCUGAUCCCGAUAUCCCCUCCAAACCCAGACGAUUGGGUAUGGAUGCCAUGCGGAGGCACAAUUGUUCUCGAUGAUUGUACCAUCAAGAACCCAAGGGACCUGGGCCAUGAACUCAGUUUGGUUAUCCUUCGCCACUGCGCAUACGAGGAAGACGGUGGCGUACAAGGCAUACUGCUUCUACCGAGUCGUGUCAAAAGUGGCAGCUAUGAACGAGUAGGAUAUUUCGAAUUAAACGACGAAUUUGACAACUUCGACUUCAAGAGACGGACACUGCAAAAUAUGCUUGAUGAAUAUCAUAAGGCGCAAGAAACAACAAUCGAGCUUGUAUAG